CAAGCAGUCCCAUUGACCUACUAGCCGCCGGGUCGGGGAUGGAGAUUGACUCUGUGUCCUCACGUGGCGAUGCCGAUUCUACCCUCGGCUUAGAAACUGGGAGCUCUACAGUCUCGCUCCGGGAGAGCGACUUCAAAUAUGUGGAGGAGAAUGGUCGGACGUAUCAUUCUUUCAAUGCAGGGAAGUAUGCGUUACCAAACGAUGAAGAUGAGCAGGAACGAUUAGAUCUCCAGCAUCACCUGUUCCUGUUGACAUUAAACGGCUUGCACAUCGCUCCUCUCCCACCCUCCAUUCAUAAUGUGCUUGAUAUAGGGACAGGGACUGGACUCUGGGCGAUUGAAUUCGCACAGGAAUACCCCAUGGCACAUGUGAUAGGGUCCGAUCUGAGCCCUAUCCAGCCACAGUACGUACCACCAAACUGCGCCUUUGAAAUCUCCGAUGCCGAGGAGCCUUGGACGUACCGCCAAAAAUUCGACUACAUCCACGGCCGGGACCUGGUCUUCUGCUUCCGCGACCCAUCUCAGAUCAUCGUCGAAGCCUACAAUGCGCUGAGCCCUGGAGGCAUCCUUGAGAUGCAGGACCCACAGAUGCCUAUCACCUGCGUCGACAACUCGAUGGACUGGGGCCCGCUGGCGAAGUGGACAGCGGAGGUGUGUUGCGCGGCUGAGCGGCUUGGUCGCCCACUGACGAACUCGCGGCACUAUGGGCGGUGGAUGCAGGAGGCGGGGUUUCUCGACGUUGCCGAGCGGCACUUCUAUUGGUCGCUUAACACUUGGCCGUGGAGUAGGAAGCAGAAGCUGAUAGGGUGGUUGGCGCAGCAAAACCUGGUAGUUGGGGUGGAGGCCAUGAGCAUGGCGCUUCUGACGCGAGGGUUGAAGUGGUCGAGAGAGGAGGUUGAGGUGUUACUGGCGGGAGUUAGACAUGAUUUGAAGAAUCGAGCUGUGCAUUCUUAUGUAGAUGUAGUGGUAUUCUAUGGCCGUAAGCCUGGACCAACCUGUGACACUAGCCUUGGGUAACUCAGUAUCAG